AUGCGUCGAGAGAUCACGAAAAGGAAGCAGGAACAGCUUUCACGUGGAGAACUAAAUCCUACCAUUCAUAUGGAUAUUGGGAAGAAGAGGAAAAAGAAGGACACCAUGUAUUCGGAUAUCGGGCCCAGUGCAAAGAAAAGCUGUCGUCUUAUCCCACCAUCAGAAAUAUCACUGGGACCUUCACCAAGCAACGACUGGAGCGAUACUGACAGCUCAGCAUGUGGAGGUAGUCAAAAUACCAGCACCUCCACUGGUUGUAGUUCUGCCGACCAGCGCGCUGGUACUGAAGUUCAACCUAGGAGUGUUGAGACGCAACCGGUUCAUUCAGCUCCACUUUUUCAAGAAACCUACAGCUCAUACCAUACUGACAUCAAUCAUAAUAGGGUUGGGCAGACAUCUGAAGAGAUACAGCGAGACAACCAUUGUUGUAAUCCAUCUGUAGCGAUCGAUGAUGCGGACUUCUCUGAAGGAGAAAUAGCGCAAGGCGAGCAAAGAACUCCCAUUGAAGAGUUCAGUGAGCUUCAACCGGUUGAAUCGCAGUGCCUUACCUUUUUACUGGACUAUGAUGCUGAUUUCGCUUGUGACACUUACCCUCAAGCUCCUGAACCGGCGGUCAGUUGCCUCACGAAUGCUGAUGGUGUUGAUUUUGCCGACCCCUUGGAAGAUCUACGUGAUCUCUCGCUGGACUCUUUCGCUGGUUUGUUUAACAGUGGAGAGAACGCGUAUGCUGAGCCAUGGUACGACUUGAAUGGAACAUUCGGCCCUUUUUGA